CUGUAUAGCUAGCUGCUCUCUCCCUUCUCGAACCAAUAUGGCUGCUGAGCUUGGGCAUCUCGCCCGAGCAGCUGCAGCAAUUCUCUGCCUGUUGAUUUUCCAUGUUGCACCGGCUGAUUCCCUUGCUAAAGCGAGGGUAUCAGGUGGGACUGGAACCUGCAUCAGCAGGGAGCUUGAUGCGCUUUUGUCCUUCAAGGAAGGCCUUCUCGACCCUACUGGCCGUCUGUCGUCAUGGCAUGGCGUAGAUUGCUGUCAGUGGCAUGGUGUCCGGUGCAGCAGCAGAACAGGCCAUGUCAUCAAGCUCAACCUCCGCAACACCUACACUGACAACUACUACAACUACAUGUUGAACAGCCUAAGCUUGUCGAGAGAUGAGAUGAGCUCAUCUUUGGCUGCUCUGCAAAAGUUGAGGUAUCUUGAUCUGAGUGGGAAUGACUUCAAUGGCACCAGCAUACCUGUGUUUGUGGGCUCUCUGGAGAACCUAAGGUACCUCAACCUCUCGUUGUCAAGUUUUAGUGGGAGAAUACCUUCACAACUUGGUAAUCUCUCAAAUUUGCAAUAUCUUGAUAUUGGUAGUGAUUUUUUCAAUGAGGUCAAAGUAAUGGAUCUUGCAUGGUUGUCGCGUCUAUCAAUGUUGAGUCAUGUUGUCUUGAGAGGAGUGGACCUCCCUGCUGUGCGGAAUUGGUUUCACAUGGUUAACAUGCUUGCUUCUCUAAAAGCGCUCCGCUUAGUAAAUUGUGGCCUUACAAACACAGUGGCUGCUACUUCAGUAUCAAUAUCAAACCUCACACAUCUUGAAGUCCUUGAUCUAUCAUUCAACUCAUUUAACACAUCACUAGAGCACAGCUGGUUUUGGGAUCUCACAAGCCUUAAGGAACUUUACCUAUCAUCUUGCUACUGGCAUGGAUCUAUUCCUAAACAACUGGGAAACAUGACUAACCUUCAAGUCAUGGAUUUUGAUCAGAAUGAUCUUGUGGGUUUGAUACCGAGCAACUUGGAAAAUUUGUGCAAUUUGAAAGUGCUUGAUUUCAGCCGUAACAACAUUAGUGCGAGCAUAGGGGAGUUCAUGGAUCGAUUGCCGAGGUGCUCAUGGAGUACUAUACAAAUAUUGUCAAUGGAUGAGACAAAUAUGAUCGGAAAACUGCCAAUAUGGAUCGGGAACAUGACCAGCCUCAGUGUUCUUUCAGCCAGUGGAAACAUGAUAACUGGUACUGUACCAUUGGGAGUUGGAGCCCUUGGUAACUUGACAUCGUUGGAUCUCGGCUACAAUAAAAUCGAUGGUGUGCUCAGGAAGGAGCAUUUUUCUGGUUUACUGAAUUUAGAGUAUCUGGACUUGUGGGAGAACUCGUUGCACAUGGAUAUUGAACCAAAUUGGGGUCCUCCGUUUAGACUAAAGGUCCUACGCUUAAAGUCAUGCACAGUGGGUCCCCGUUUUCCAGAGUGGCUUAGAUGGCAGACUGACAUUGAUUCUCUUGCUCUCCAAGAUGCAAAGUUGGAUGACGUUAUUCCUGAUUGGUUUUGGGUGACAUUUUCACGAGCUGGGUACUUGGAUGCAUCAGGAAACAUGUUGCGUGGUUCAUUACCGGCGAAUCUACAACACAUGUCAGCAAACAUGUUAAGUCUGGUCUCCAAUAAUCUUACAGGUCAAGUUCCACGGCUCUUUCCUAUAAAUAUAACAGAUAUAUAUCUGUCUUCAAACUAUUUCUCGGGGUCAUUGCCAUCGGAGCUAGAAGCUCCACUACUCGGAGGAUUGUUGCUUGCAGAUAAUCAAAUUACAGGCACCAUUCCAUCGUCCAUGUGCCAAUUGACUAGUCUGAUGCGGUUGGACCUAUCGGGGAACAAAUUAACAGGAGAUGUUAUGCAGUGCUGGAAGGAGUCAGAUAACAAUUCUUCGGCGUUCGGUGCAAACUCUGCUGAUCAAUUUGGUUCAUAUAUGGGUACUCUAGCAUUGAACAACAAUGAUCUCUCAGGUGAAUUCCCUAAAUUUCUUCAAAGGGCCUCACAACUGAUGUUCCUUGAUCUUUCACACAAUAGGUUCUUUGGAACAUUGCCAAUGUGGUUACCAGAAAAAAUGCCACGCUUGGAAAUCUUAAGGGUGAGAUCAAACAUAUUCAGUGGCCAUAUUCCUAAGAACCUUACUUUUCUAGGAAAUCUUCACUAUUUGGACAUGGCCUAUAACAAUAUAUCAGGCAGUAUACCAUGGUCACUAUCAAACUUGGAUGCCAUGGUCAAUAUUAGGCAUAGGCUUUUACAACCUCUUCUUGAGGAGAGCAUGCCAGUCAUCAUAAAAGGACAGACACGUGAAUAUACCUUUCAAAGCUACAAUCUACUGGUGAAUCUUGAUCUUUCAUGUAACAGUUUAACAGGACAGAUUCCCGAGGAGAUAAGUUUGCUCAUUGGGCUCACCGGUCUGAACUUAUCUGGUAAUCAGUUGAUCGGCAAAAUUCCAAACAAGAUUGGCGAUCUGAAGCGGUUGGAGUCCCUCGAUCUAUCCUACAACGAGUUAUCUGGUGAAAUCCCAUCAAGUUUGUCAGCUUUAACCUCUCUGAGCCACUUGAACUUGUCGUAUAACAAUUUAUCAGGCCCGGUACCAUCCGGGCAACAACUACAGAUUCUCGACAACCUGAACUAUACCUACAUUGGCAACCCUGACCUCUGUGGCUACCCUCUCUCCAAGAACUGCUCUGCUAGUACUACUGAUGUGAAGCAAAGUCUCGGCCAUGAAGAUGCAGAUCAUAUCUCAUAUCUCUACCUUGGGAUGGGCAUAGGAUUUGUGGUCGGCCUUUGGGUGGUGUUCUGCACCAUGUUACUGAGGAGAACCUGGGUGAUUGCCUACUUUCAGGUCAUCGACAAGCUGUAUGAUGAGGCCUAUGUGCGGGUGGUUAUAACUUGGGCUCGCCUGAUGAAGAAGACCCACGACGACGCAGCGUGAGGAGCCUGCUUCAUGUGCAGCUCAACUGGUCAAGAGCUGUAUGUUAGUACAUUGUUAUUUGAAGAAUAAGUGGUACUCUGGUGUGUGUACUGCAAUAAUGUAUAAGUUUCUGGUGCUAUUAUCUGUUACCUGCAUAAAUGUUCUUAAUGUACUAUAGCCCAGUAUAUUGUAUGGACUGAAUGAAGUGAAACUAUUCAAUAAUGUUUGUAAGAUGUCUUGUUUUGUAAACUUCCUAUUCUAGUCAGUUUGU